UAAUUGAAAGUACCACUAACUAAACCUAACUAAAUAAACAAUCAAAACAAAGCAGCAUCCAGGUCCUCCAAACAGGAGGCGGGGAGGCACCUCGCCAUGUUCAGGUGGUGCAUCUUUAUAGCUGCCAUUUCCAGCAGGCUCAGGUGGGGCUCGUUAGCUGCCAAUCAACCUCCUGAAAGACAGAGUAGGCAGCAAACAGGACACAGACCCCUAGUGGAUGGGAGGGGUCGUCACAUAUCUCAUUGCUUUGAUCUGUACUCAAACUAAAUGCUAGUGAGGAACAUCUUCUCCUAUGACUGGAGAUGUUAAGUAUAACGGUGAUAAGCACACAGUCUUUAAACACAUGGUGAUAUAUCUAUUAGUGACGUAUUCUACCUGUGUUCACCUGUAGUGUCUCCCUUAACCUGAGUUUCUCCAUUUAAACCUAAUGAUUCAAACAUGCUUUGUCUUUCAGGUGUCGUCAGAAAGGUUGUUGAGGGCGGGAGUGAUGUGAUCUUACCUUGUUCCCUCAGCAACAAGCAGGACAUCGUAGGAGCUGUCUUUGACUGGAAGAAAGUAGCUCAGAAAGGUCAACGUCAGAAGGAGGUUUUCUUUUAUGAUGCAGGUGUUCAUUACAACAACGGCCGUCCUGGUCAGAGUGAGCAGUUCAAAAAACGAGUCUCACAUUUUGAAGAUCAACUGAAACACGGCAUCGCCUCCAUAAGCAUCAGAAAUACCAAGAUGGCCGACAGUGGAAACUACAGCUGUGCUUUUCCACGUCUUCAGACACCUCAAACUUUCUACAUUGAGCUAGUUGUUGUUGCAGCAGCUCCAGAGCCGUUCAUCAGGACGCUUGAUGCCACAGAUGUCUGGGCGCUGUUACAGUGUGAGGUUCGAGGUGCUUCUCCACAACCUGCAGUAGAAUGGCAGGACAGUGAUGGAAACAGACUUCCUGCUGAGGAACCACAGGUCUCAGCGAGAGGAGGCAGCUACGACGUCACUCUGUACAUCACCUUGAAGAAGACGGGCCGCUAUCGCUGUGUAGUCGAGCAGGAAGACAUCAAGCACAGAAUGACUUCUGAGACCUUUGUGCACAUCAGUAAGCAUGUGCCUAGAGACUGGAUCGGAUGGGUUGCUGGAUUUAUUUUUGGAGGUGUCAGUGUUCUUGCAGUUCAAGCUCUGCUUGUUUAUAGGAAGUGCAUCACAAUACGCCGCAAGAACAGUCCUCAUCAGCAGGGACAAGCUCCGGUUGACAAGAAAAAAGCUAACAGGGACAUCAGUUCAUGUGGAGAUCCUUCAGGUCUGCUACCUGAGUCAAAGGACGCUUCAUAGCUCUAUAGCUCUGUGGCUCAGUGUGUGUGUGUGUGUGUGUGUGUGUGUGUGUGUGUGUGUG